AUGGCUGGAGGGUCUAAUUUCAUUUGGAUCCCCCUGCUUCUCACCUGCAUAGUUCAAGCUUCUGACAACAAACAUGUUAAGAACUUCCCUCCGGAGGUCACUCCUUUAAUCCGUCACACAGGAAAUUCAGAGAUGGACCAAAUUUUUCGACAGAUCCCAAUAAGAAUACCAGAAGGAACUGAUCCCAGGAAUAUAAAUGUCACGUUAAUCACUGUCAAAACCUGUACUGAUAUGAAGGAACAUUUGAAAUUACUGAACAGCCAACUUCAGCUGACAACUCUCCGCAACACCCAACUAGAUGGGGAAGCCUUUGGGUUGACGAGGGAAGUCCGACAGCUGAAACUGCAGCUCGCCACGUGCAGUUCCACAGCCUCAGCUGUGACCGGCUCUUAUAAAACCCAUCUGCACAAUAAAAUGAAUCAGCUGCUGGAUUCAUUUGAUAGUGACACAUCUCUGAUUCUGAAAAUCAUUGCACUCACUAGGGAGGUGAAAAUAUUAAAGAAGAAGAUCAUGCUUUCUGCUAAUUCUACCGAAACUACUGAAAUCGGAGUGCUACAGAACAAGCUGCAAGAGAAGAUUAAUGAACUGAAUGGAAAGACGCGGCAAAUUGGAGGAAGCAACCCAAACGCAGCACUCAUUCUUCAGAUCGCGUCACUGCAAAACGACAUCUGGGAUUUAGAACAGGAGGAAUCGAGUGGAGGAGAUGCUAAUCUUCAGCAGCGCAUUGUCGCUCUACAAGAGGCACUGGACAGGAAGAUCGGUGAGCUGCGGGAAAAAGAAGACGCCAACUCAGCCGUACUGGAGCUGAUUUCUCUGCACAGUAAGACUGCAGCGACACAGAGACUCAUCAGUGUCCACAUUGCGAAAUCCAGAACUAAUGAUGCUGAUUACCAGAGGCAAAUGAGAAGAAGCAUUGAACUCCUUAAAAAGAAGAUUGUACAAUUGAAUCGAGAUGAAAAUAACGCAGAACUUACCAAGGAAAUUUUGAUUUUGCAGACUGAAGUGGAGCAUUUUAGACAGUUAUUGUUAAACACCAGAAAGAUAACUGAUGUCCGAAUUAAAGAGCUAAGAGUUGUUUUGGAGGAGGAGAAGAAAAAGCUAGAAAUCUUACAGAAAGAACUAGAGGAAACAGAGUAUGCCCAGUCACAACUGAUCAUCAAGAUCCUCAUCAUAAUGAAAGAUAUGAGAGAGCUGCAGAAUGAUGAGCAAGAGCAGACACCAACAAGCCAAGCCACCACUCUUCAGGCUCUGCUUCAAACCAAAGAAAGGGAAUAUGCCAAAGCUCAGGCUGACAUACAGGAGCUGCAGAGGAAACUGAACUUAAAGAGUGAACAAUGCUCUGGACUUGAGGAAAGAUAUACAAACGUAAAGGCUGAAUUGGACGUGAAGAUUGCAGAACUGAACAGAACCGGAGAAUCCAAACCAGCGCUCAUUCUGACCGUGAUAACCCUGUAUGAUGAGCAGAACACUCUGAGGGAUCUGAUCUCUACAACAAAAGACCCAGACAUUAUCCCACAGCUGCAGAGGCAGCUGGAGGAGAAGGAAGACGAAAUUAACUCCAAGACUGCAGACUUAGAGAGAGUGAUCGCCAACCCCAAAUUAAUUUUAGAAAUCAUUGAGCUGCAGAAUGAAAUCUGGGACCUUCAGAAAAAGGCUACCAAUGGGAACACAAGUAACCGUGUAAAAGAGUUGCAGGCCAGAGUGGACAACCUCCUCAGUGAAAUUGAUGGCAGCGGCGACGGAAACACAAAACUCUUGCUGAAAAUUGUGACACUGCAGAAUCAGGUGAAGCAGCUGCAGAGGCAGUUGUCAGACCUCCAGACGGUAAAAUCCAAUCAGCUAACCCAGCUCAGAAAUGAACUUACAACUAAGGAGGAGGAACUGCAGGCAUAUGUCAAUGAGCUCAAUGAGAAGAAUCAGACAAACGCCAGGUUGAUUCUGACAGUCACUGAUCUGCACAACCAACUUAGAAACCUAGAAGAAGAACGGCGCAAUGAUAACACAACAUCUUCUUUAACAAUGACUCAGCUGAGGGACCAACUGAGGGCAAAAAAGAUGGAGCACUCUCGUGAUAAGGCUGAAAUCAACACUCUUAAGAGUCAGCUUCAUGGUAAAGAAAUGGAAAAUGGCAUUGCUCGGGCUCAGCUCAGAGAGCUGCAGAGGAAACUGAAAUUAAAGAGUGAACAAUGCUCUGGACUUGAGGAAAGAUAUACAAACGUAAAGGCUGAAUUGGACGUGAAGAUUGCAGAACUGAACAGAACCGGAGAAUCCAAACCAGCGCUCAUUCUGACCGUGAUAACCCUGUAUGAUGAGCAGAACACUCUGAGGGAUCUGAUCUCUACAACAAAAGACCCAGACAUUAUCCCACAGCUGCAGAGGCAGCUGGAGGAGAAGGAAGACGAAAUUAACUCCAAGACUGCAGACUUAGAGAGAGUGAUCGCCAACCCCGAACAAGUUUUAAAAGUCAUUGAGCUGCAGAAUGAAAUCUGGGACCUUCAGAAAAAGGCUACCAAUGGGAACACAAGUAACCGUGUAAAAGAGUUGCAGGCCAGAGUGGACAACCUCCUCAGUGAAAUUGAUGGCAGCGGCGACGGAAACACAAAACUCUUGCUGAAAAUUGUGACACUGCAGAAUCAGGUGAAGCAGCUGCAGAGGCAGUUGUCAGACCUCCAGACGGUAAAAUCCAAUCAGGUAACCCAGCUCAGAAAUGAACUUACAACUAAGGAGGAGGAACUGCAGGCAUAUGUCAAUGAGCUCAAUGAGAAGAAUCAGACAAACGCCAGGUUGAUUCUGACAGUCACCGAUCUGCACAACCAACUCAGAAACCUACAAGAAGAAAAGCAAAAUCAGGGCACAAAACCCUCUGCUACAAUUACUAACCUAAGAGAACAACUGAGGAUAAAAGUGGAGCAGCACCUUCAUGAUCAGUAUGAGAUCAGAGCUCUGGAGAAUAAACUGAAUGAGACGGAGGCAUGGUGUUCUAGCUUUGAGCAGAAAAUUAAAGGUCUGCAGAAUGAUCUGGAUGAGAAAAUUAAGAAACUGCAGGCUAAAUCUGAGAGUGUCACUUCACUUGCUCUUCAGGUUUCUACAUUAACCCUGCAACAGGAGGAGCUAAAGAGACAACUACAAAACACUGAAUCCAAAGCCAGGAUAAAUGAGCUUCAAAAACAAAUAGAUCAAAACAAUAAAGAGUUGGCCAAAAAAACAGAGGAGCUGAAAUCAAGAAGCGCUCAACCACAAAGACUUCUACAGAUUAUCGCAAUACAAACAGAGAUAGAGAAAAUUGUGAAUGUGGCAGCAAAUGAAACAGAUUACAUUAAGGUUAGAGUGCUCCAAGAACAUUUGAAUAAUCUGAUUGAAGGAAUUCAAGAUGAAGAGGAUGAAAAUACCAAAUUGGUGUUUAAGAUCUUGACUCAGCAAGAUGAAAUAACAAGACUGAAGAAGCAAGAAGAGAGUCAGACGAAAGCUCUGUUAAAGAAAAUUAAAGAGCUGGAAGAUGAACUGAAGAUCAUCAGAAAACAGAUAGAAGAAAAGACACAGGUGCUGUACUCAAGUGAUGUGAGGGUUACUAAUCUGUCCUCCCAAAUUAUGGUACUUCACCAGAAAAUCAAACCAUUGGAAGAGGAAAUAUCAUACCUCAGGGAAACACAUGAUGAGAACCUUGCAGACCUUCAAAGGAGACUGAAUCUGACUAAGAGGCAACUGAAAGACAGUGAACUUCGACUUCAGCAAGCAGAUACAAAGAAUUUUGACUUGAUAAUGGAGAUCGCUGAUCUGACGGCACAACUGAAAAAGACUCAGAGAAAGGCAUCCAAAGCUACUGAUAAAAAUAUCAAUGAAUUGGAACAACAAGUUCAAACACAACAAAGAGAGAAUAGAAAACUGGAACACACAAACCAAGACUUAAAGCACGAGGUCAAGGAACUGAAAGAGUGCUGCAAUGAUGCCAACACCCACUGUGAAGAUUUACGAAGACAACUGCAAGAGAGCCAGGAGGACGCAGAUCGCCUGCACCAGCAGAAUAACAAACUGCUGGACGAUUACAAGAACCUGGAAAAGGAGAAGGCCAAACUUGAGGAUACUGUACUAGAUCUUCAAAACAAAAUAAAUGAUGUGGAAGACAGGACGAUCCAGACCAAUAAGAUUACCUUUGAUCCAGACACCGCACACCCAAGACUAGCUCUGUCUGCAGAUAAUACUGAGAUGUCCACUAGUGAGGAAUUACAAAACGUCCAGGACCAUCCAGACCGGUAUGAUGUGGUUCUUGCUGCCCUGGGCAAGACUGGCUUCUCAACUGGCAGACAUUACUGGGAGGUGUCUGUAGCUGGGAAGCUUUGUUACCACCUUGGGAUGGCCAGUGAAUCUGCUCCAAGAAGGGGACAAAUUACAUUCAGUACAACAAAUGGCUUCUGGACUAUAGUCCGGAGCAAACAGGGCCAGUACAGAGCUGCUGAUAGGAGAACUGUCACUAUUCCAGUUAAGACGCACCCUCUUACAUUAGGUAUUAUGCUGGACUACAAAAAGGGACAGAUCUCUUUUUACGAUGCUGGUGCCAGACACCAUAUGUACUCAUUUGUAGGUCAAAGGUUUACAGACAAAAUCUAUCCAUUUGUCAAUUUUUGUGUAGAGGAUAGUGAGAGUCAUACUCCAAUAGUUUUACUUACUCCUGGAUCAGUUGACUGGAUAAAAUAGGGAACUCUACAGGUUAAGUUUUUUCCUAUGGGUCAGAUAUUAUGUAGGUCAAUGCAAUGUAUGUAAUUUAUAAUCAUCUCAGCAGGUAAUAAAAUAAUCCCUGUAA